UGUUUUUUUUACUUUAAAAGUUAUUUAAUAAGCAAAUAAUCAAAUGGAUUUCAAGACUGAUAUUAUUAUAAAAGAGGAACCUAUCGACUUCGAAGAAGAAGAAAUUAAACUUAUAGACUAUAACGUGAGCGUGAAAAUUGAAAAUUGUGCCACUCCAGAUGAGAUUUGGUGUGCGAGAAACGAAGCUCUAUUCGCUGAGAUUGAGAAAAAAUUGAACGAAGCUGAAAAGAACAAUCAAUGUCGAAUAUGUGGGCAAAGAUUUGUUGAAAGAUAUUCUUUAAUAAUACACAACAUGGAACAUUUACGUGUUAUUAUAAAUAAUAAAAUAUACCAAUGUCAUAUAUGUUCUAAAUACUAUACGAAUCUACAUAACCUUAAAAUACACAUGUCAACACAUAAUAAAACAAAAAACGUACUAAAAACAAAAAUGGAUCAUGAAUGUAAGAUAUGCGGAAUAAUGUUACCAUACAAAAGAUGGCAUGAACAUGUCAAAUAUAGACACAGCAAUGAAAAAUAUGAGUGUACAAAGUGCUUACUAAAAUUCAAAUCACCGAUUUAUUUACGUAGACAUAAAAAGUACGUACACGACGGUGUCAAAGCUGCAUGGAGACAUAGAACUAGUUCCAAUAUUCCAAACGAAGAAAUACCUUGCAACGAAUGCGAUAAAAUCUUUACAAAUCGUAACAGUCUUAAAACUCAUAUGAGAAAUUGUCACAGUACACCACAUCAAUGUUACAUUUGUAAAUCAAUACUUAAAAGCAAAUCGUAUUUAAUGACGCAUAUGCAUAGAGUUCAUGAUAACUCUGGUAAUAUACAUGAAUGUGAAAUAUGCGGGAAGAAAUUUAAAUCACUUAGAUAUGUUAGAAUUCAUAUUAAAAACUCACAUAUGAAACAUAAGAAGACAAAGGUUAUUAAGCAAGAAAGAGACAGUACAGAUGAAGAGAUAUAGAUUUUUUAUU